GCUCCCUCCCCUUUGAUCCGAGCUAUUAUAAACGAGGACGAGCCUCCAACAAGUCCACACUCUCUCGUUGAAACGCCUAGAGAAGUUAUAAACUUGUGAUCUUGCAUCGAAUUCUCUUUUGGAUAUUGUCUUAAGAGACUUGUCAAAUUUUUGACGAUUCAUUUACACUUUUGGGACUUGUUCGAUUUUUCAACUCUCAAUUAAAAAUGGCUUUCAUGAUGCCUGUUGUGAAAAAUGAUUACAACUUGUAUGCCAGCUGCCCAAGUACCAAGUCUGGUACUCCCCAGCAGUCCAGGGGACACAGCCUGUCCACUUCCCCUGCUGGUGCUUCCUUCCUAAGUUCUCCCAGACACUCCCACACUCCUGCUUACACUAGAACAGCCAAAUCUGACAUUUCCUUGCAAAAAUUCCACAGCAAAGUUCUGGAUAAACUCAAAAGGGCCUUCCGAACCAAGGAUACCUCUGGAUCAACGGAAGAUGUUACCCGGGCUUCCAGAUCCUCAAUCGAAAUCCGGUGAACUCGGUACUCUGGACUUCUGUAACCUAUCUUGGCAACCAGAAGACAUCGUGAUACAUAUCUACAGCCAUGGCAGGUGAUGACGGCUACUGCCCUCGCCAAAGGUGCUGGAUAGGCAGUCCAAUCUAGAGCAAUUCUCUUCGCAACCUGCUGAAAAUCAAUUUCUACCAACUAUGUAAGAGUGCCAAAAUGUUUCUUGGGACUGAGGAUGCUUUGAAGGUGUACGCCGGUAUGAUGUUUACUUGUUUAUCUUAUGAACUGAAUUGUCAAAACUAGCUUUGAUUCUUCUACAUACAUCGAUUUUGAUAAAUCGAUCCAAUCUUACCAUUUUCUGAUCUAUUUCUUGUCAAAGACUUUAAUUUUAAAAUUUGUUCAAUAUUUUCUUUUAACUUUUACUGUCAUUACCUCAAUUCUUCAUUUUAUUGUUGCAUACUUCACCAGUAAUUACUAUGUUACUGAGCUUUGUUUAAAAAUUUUUACGAUUGACAUAAUCUACAUUAUAAAACGAUGUUUUCGAAGAAUUAUAAUGUUCAUUCUUACUCAUUCUGUUGUUAAUCUCAUCAAGCAUUAGAAUUUAUUUUGUUAACGAUAUUUAUUACAAUCACUUAUUUAUAUAUUUAUUCUUAUGUUAUUCAAUAAAUUUUUGUUUUUUCUA